AUGAAUAAAGAGGAGAGAUCACAACCAACACCAAAGAAACAGGAGGGCCGAAAUAUCGAGGUGAUGAACUCCUUUGAGCUGGUCUCCCACACCGUGGAGGAGAAGAUUAUCAUUGACAAGGAGUAUUACUACACCAAGGAGGAGCAGUUCAAACAGGUGUUCAAGGACCUGGAGUUUCUGGGUUGGUAUACCACCAGGGGGCCGCCUGACCCCUCCGACAUCCAUGUCCACAAGCAGGUGUGCGAGAUCGAGAGCACGCUCUUUCUUAAAUUGAACCCUAUGACGAAGCACACAGAUCUUCCCGUCAGUGUUUUUGAGUCUGUCAUCGAUAUAAUCAAUGGAGAGGCCACGAUGCUGUUUGCUGAACUGACCUACACUCUGGCCACGGAGGAAGCCGAACGCGUUGGCGUCGACCACGUGGCCCGAAUGACAGCCACGGGCAACGGGGAGAACUCCACUGUGGCCGAGCACCUGAUCACGCAGCACAGUGCCAUUAGGAUGCUGCACAGCCAGGUCAAGCUCAUCUUGGAGUACGUCAAGGCCUCCGAAGCGGGAGAGGUCCCCUUCAACCAUGAGAUCCUGCGGGAGGCCUUUGCUCUAUGUCACUGCCUCCCAGUGCUCAGCACAGACAAGUUCAAGACAGACUUUUACGAUCAAUGCAAUGAAGUGGGGCUCAUGGCCUACCUUGGCACCAUCACCAAAACCUGCAACACCAUGAACCAGUUCGUGAACAAGUUCAACAUCCUCUAUGAUCGACAAGGCAUUGGCAGGCAGAUGUGGGGGCUCUUCUUCUGAGAGGGUACUUGAAGGGACAACGCACAGGUCGGACAAUGGCCCCACAGGGGAGGGGUGUCACACUCGUUAGAGAAACCUCCUGUCAAUAAUAAAAGGGGAGCAGCCCCUCAGCACCCCUAAAAAAAAA